AUGUACAUUGUCGCUCCAAAUGUUUCCCCAAAGUUGUUAAAAAUCAAUGAUCUCUAUGAUUUGAGAUCAAUGAUUUUUAAAGUCAAUCUUAGGAACGAUAAUAACCCUGGGUUAACUAAUUACAAACGGAUUUGCCAAGUGGCUCAGAAUUUUGAAGGUGAGUUGCUCGAUUGGUAUAUCAUGUUUCAUGAACAGAAUGCAAGUAUAUUAGAGGAAAUGACUUUUGACGAGUUUUUAGAGGAAUUGAAAAAAUUUAUUAGUACAAAGCCAGUAAUGCAACAACUUUAUGAUAAUUAUUAUGAUGUGGAUCAGUGUGGAUCAGUUGAAGAAUAUAAUGCGGAAUUCUAUAGAAUCAUUUUCUUUUUGUCGAGAGAAUAUUUCACAGAGAUUUCAUUGAUAAGUCGAUACCUCAAUGGCUUGAAAAAAGUAGUAAAAGAAGCUCUGAUUAAUUUGAGUGAACAGCCAUCACUUUUGGCAGAAGUAAUGAAUGUAGCAAAAACUCAAGAGACUAUAGUGCAGAAUCAAAUUUAUCAAUCUUACAUAAUAGAUACAGACAUAUAUCGAGAGUAUCAACAUAUGAAUCAUGAUAAAGAACAGGUUUCAAGUACGACUAAAAAAUGA